AGCAGCUGGUCCGAGCUUCAUUAUCCCUAAUGACCUCAGCUGAGCUUAAACACAACCUCAAGUCCGCUGUUCGGGUUGCAGCUCAAUCCAGACGAGAAGCUCCAAGUCACCAGCCCCCAAGUCGCUCUCCGCUAUGGCCCAACUACCGCCUCAGACGAUCCAACGGGAUCCCCAGUUAUUCUACUGGAUCCUGUUCCCCAUCACCGCCGUCAUGAUCCUCACAGGCAUUCUCCGCUACUACGCAACAGUCCUGAUGGCCACCCCGCCCAAGCGCCUCGAGCAACCCGCCAUGAAGGAGCAGCGAUCGCUGAUGCACGGCGUAGCCCUGCGUAGCAACUUCCACGCCCUGGCGGCUCCCUCCUUCAAAGCCCGCCGCGAGCAGCUCACCACGGCCUACGAGUCAGGUGCCUACCUGAAGGACCCCGAGCGCCGUGGCCAGCCCGCCCCCAACCCCAUGACGGACCCGGGCGCCAUGGACGGCAUGAUGGGCAUGAUGAAGAACAACAUGGCUAUGAUCAUCCCCAACACUUUGAUCAUGAGCUGGAUCAAUGCGUUUUUCAGCGGAUUUGUCAUUUUGAAGCUGCCGUUCCCGAUUACGAUUAAAUUCAAGAGCAUGUUGCAGGCGGGUGUGGCUACCAAAGAGAUGGAUCCUAGGUGGAUGUCGAGUAUUAGUUGGUACUUUUUGUGUUAUUUCGGGUUGCAGUUUGUUUUCAACUUUUUGCUGGGCAGCGAUAAUGCCGCAAGCCAGAUGGCUCAGCAGGUGCAGGGCAUGGCACCACAGGCACCCAACAUGUUUGGCCCGGGUGUUGAUGCUGACAAGCAGUUCUUAGCUGAGGCGGAAAACUUGGCCGUCAUUGAUCACUAUUCCGUUCUGGAUGGUGUAGAAGAGAGAUUGCUCCAGGAUUUCUCUAAAUAGGUAGAAGGAUAAGCGUGAGCCACACAUCCACGAACCACACAAUAGCUAUGCAAAUACCAG